AUGCCCAAAGAAGUAGCUGCGUCUACCGUCACAGAAUUUGAGCCUUACGCGCCAUCUACCACUACGGCCUCAGCAUCGAGGUCUACUUUCACUGGCGACGCCUCUUACCCCGUUUUUCCAAAUGCAAACUACAUAUCCCGGUUCGCUAUUAUUGCAGAUUACUUGUCUGAUAUCACACACCUUGACACCGAUUUGCUCAAUCGCUGCUAUCUCCCCUCCCGGCCCCAUAGAUACGUAGAGCCUAGGAACCAGACCAAAAGGGAAGAUUCGUGGAUCUACAUCAAGAUCGAGAAACCCGAUUACCAAGAGGAUUCCCCGCCAUGCCACCGCCAGGGGGCCAUCAAUACGAAUUGCCGACUCCAGAACACAAAUGGAACUUUCAGUGGCCUGAGGAAAUAUGAAGAUAAUUUCGACGAGCAGCAGCACUGCUUUUGCGAAAAGUACCCCUUCUUUGAGGCGACGCUAGGAUGCCAGAAGUGCUUGGAGAUGCAUGGAGGCAUCGAAGGGUGGCACUGGUUUCCAGAAUCCUACAUUAGUGCUGCGGCAGAUGCAUACUGCUCAGAGAACCCACCCACCAAGGAAUUCUUCGACUACAUGCUGGAUUGGAAAGCGACGGCCGCUGAGGCGCAGAUCCCUAGUACUACGGCAGAGGAUUUACUAGGGACGCGAACAGAAGUUAGUCUGUACUACACCGCCAGUCCUACCACGGGCAGCAAGAAGAACACCUCCAUGGCUGAACCAAGAGCCAGGGGACUAGGAUGGGUAUGGACUGUGGCCUGCAUUUCGGUUGUCAUCGGGGCCCUAAUGUAG